ACAACCGGAAAAAAAACGUAUUUCAUUUCCCCUGAAAUCUUUUCCAACAACUAGCUAACGUUAUAUCGUACAGGGAAUUGAGAAGCAAUCAUCAACGAUUUUUUUUUUGCAGUUUUGCAUCCUCAAUAAAUAGACAGGGUCUGCAGUCAGCACAAAAAUGUCGCACACAAUUUUGCUUGUCCAACCAACCAAGAGACCCGAGGGCCGCACAUACGCUGACUAUGAGUCAGUGAAUGAAUGUAUGGAAGGUGUUUGCAAAAUGUAUGAAGAGCAUCUCAAGAGGAUGAAUCCAAACAGUCCCUCCAUCACUUAUGACAUUAGUCAGUUGUUUGACUUUAUUGACGAUUUGGCAGAUCUGAGCUGUCUUGUGUACAGAGCUGACACUCAAACAUACCAACCAUACAACAAAGACUGGAUCAAGGAAAAGAUAUAUGUCCUGCUGCGGCGUCAGGCUCAGCAGGCAGCAAAGUAAAAGCAUAAGUGAGGAGUUGUUCUGCUACACACACUUGGAAGGAGUUUAUGCUGCACUAUGUUUCUUGAAGAUCUGUGUAUAAGAACAACAUUGUCAGACUGACAACGGAAGAGUUUACGUAUACUAUACAUUGGGAAAGGAAGGGGCUGUCAAACUGGGGAAACAUCAGAAAUGUGGGCCUUUUUAUAUAAAAAAAAUUGAGUCAUGCUCGGCAGCAUAUGUAUGUCUGUAAUUUGUUACACUGAGUUCAGAGUGCUGCAAGGACUAACUUAUUGAUGGAGAGGGAUCCGGGCUUUGAGAAA